UACAAGUGCUCUUAUUUUCAUUCCAAUUCCGGCACGGAUAGCUGGAUUUAAAUAAUCGUUAAAUAAAUAAUCUUGUAUCUUUCAUAUUUUAUCACGAUAAUGGCGGCACAAUAUCGUUUGUUUUGCUUCGUAUUAGUUUGUCUCCUGCCGUUAUCUUUACAGAGAUCCACACCAGAGGAUGACAGCUACGUCGCAGCCGUGGUGGAAUUCGAGGUCUCCGCCAACGUCACUCAAAACCUCGCCAAAUAUGUGCAACUCAUCGCACAGGCCGCAGACCAGAAUGCGGACAUCAUAGUGUUUCCAGAGUUGACACUAACCAGAGGCGACCGCAGCGUGGACGUGCCCAUAUAUGGCCUGCUGAAGGAACAACCUAUACCGGCUCUGCAACCUGCAAGUUACGAUGAGAUUAUGGUCACCAUAUCAGCAGCAGCCAGACAGAACCAGAUCUAUGUUCUCAUCAACGUGCAGGAGGUGAUGGACUGCACUAGCAUCGCCGAAGACUCGGAGGAGUACUGCCCGGAGCAAAAAGUGUAUCUCUUCAACACUAAUGUCAUUUUUGACAGAACUGGUGCUGUUAUUGACAGGUACCGCAAGAUAAACCUUUUCGGCGAGUUCACCCGCACCCCAGCUCUUCGCCCAGAACUAGGUCUCUUCAGCACCGAUUUCGGCGUGACCUUCGGCCACUACGUCUGCUUCGACCUCAUGUUCCAGGUGCCCGCCAUCCAGGUGGUCGAGAAAAACAAGAUCACGGACGUUCUGUUCUCCACUAUGUGGUUCUCGGAGAUGCCGUAUUUGACGGCGGUGCAGAUUCAAGAAGCCUACGCUUAUGCUCAAAAUGUGAACUUCCUCGGAGCUGGAGCGAACAACGUGCGAGUUGGAAGUGCUGGAUCGGGUAUCUUUUCUGGAAAAGCCGGCGCCUUAGUCAGCAUCAUGCCCGGACUCCCUACUACCCGUCUUCUAGUCGCGAGGGUGCCCAAGGUUCCUGGUAAUGUCACCGGAAUGACCUUCCCCGGCCCAAUCUACGAUCCCCCGACCGCCCACGACAGUCUGGUUCUGAUCACCGACCCGUCGCUGCCCGACCACACCAGCCGCCUGCUGGUCUCCGGCUUCCAGGAGUUCACGCUGGUGGACAAGGACGUCAGCUGCACGUUCAGGGUCAGACUGACUCCGAGGGCUGGUGAAGGCAGCCAUAAGUACCGCGCGUUCGUGCAGGACGGCAGCAACACGUACUCUCGUCGGCAAGUCGGCGUGGCCGCCUGUCUUCUGGUGGCGUGCCGGAAUGAUGACCCCAAAACCUGUGCCUAUAGAUUUAACAAAAAUGAAAUGGAUGUUGAAGUAACAGAACUACAAAUAUAUAUGUCGACGAUACGCAAGCAAUAUAACAAUACACUCCAAUGCAAUAACGUUAUGUACAUCCCUUCGUCCUUCAGAAUCAACAAGUUUCCUUUAAGCCCUUUAAACUUUACGUACUUAGACUCAACAGAUGAUGAAAACGAAGUCCAAGCAGACAAGUCAACUGGGCGGGAAAAGAUUACCUAUAAAAUAAAUACACCUCAGAACGAAUUGAUGUCAUUUGGGAUCUGGGGGAGAGUUUUUCUGAAAGAUGUGGAUCAUAAUACUGAAGUGACCCAUGAGGAUGUACGAAAGUAUCUUAUGAUUGAAGAUGUCAUAUAUGGAACCGACAGAGUUAAGGAUUAACCGCCUUUAAGGCUCACGAACUCGCCGCCAAAAAGGCUCUCUCAUGCAAUCCAAAUUACGCUCUCAUUUUAAAAAGACUUCAAUUUACGUUACAUAAUAUCUGUGUCUGGUACUAUAUUCUGUAUCUUUAGGUAGUUAAAUAAUUGAAAACAAUGAGUUUUUUUUCUAAUUUUCGGGUACUUGAAACAGUUGAAACAUCAGUUAACCAACCAAAUAGAAAACUGCCUGGAUCUGUCUCUUCAUCGUUCUGGCUUUAACCUAUUUCAUUUAAUCGUGUAAUGUUUUCAUCUACCCGCAAUUGACUACCUAUAGUUUUCGUUGCUUACUAUUUAUGAAUAGAAAGUAGAAGUUUUGUUUGUAGAACUCGCUCUAAUUUAUCAUCAUCAACUUUCAAUCAAAUUUCAUGUUAUUUCAGAAAAUCGUUUUAAAAUGAGAGCCUUGGAUUGUACGGUAGCAGCCAGGUUCGUGAGAGUCUUAAGGAAUAUAUAUCUCUACUUAAAGUACACACCUUAUAAUAUAUGUAGAAUAUCAAUUUAAUUAAGUACCUAUUAGACUGUAAUGUAACGUUAGACUGAUUGAGACUCCAAAUAUAUAUAUUUUUUAUA